AUGAACCGUCUCUCAGUUCAGAAAUCUCUGAUGCAAAAGUGUCUCAAUAGGCAAUUUGAUCAGCUGUUUGAGCAAUUCCGUGAUACUCAUCAGAGUUCGUGUAGUACAGAAUUGUUACAAGUUUGUUUGUCAGUAGCUGCGCAGGAGGGUCAUAUAAAAACCGUUAAGUAUCUUUGGAAUAAAUUUGUGUUGAAGAGCAGAAUCUUGGUCGUCAGACCACAAGUGCUAGCUGAUAUAGGGAAUCUGGUAUUUCAUAAUGGGGAACAUAGGAUAUUACAAGGUAUAUCGAGUCAUUACGAUAGAUUUUACAGAUAUGAGAAGGGCGAUGAAUGGGAUAGAUACAAAUAUCACCUGCGAAGAUUGGUAGUGGAAGGUUAUGCGAGAUACAAUAAUGACAGAACACCAUUUGAAAAGAAGUGGAAAAGUUUUAAGAAAAAUGUUGAUCAUGAACUAAGUAACUAUCCUAUAUGUGUAUGGGACUUCCCAUAUUUGACCCAGUCUAUGAAAGAUAUGAAUGAAUAUAAACUCACCAAGAUGUUAUUUCACACUGGCGUACAAGACAUCUUUAAUGAUUGUAGUACAACGUUACUACUUAAUAUGAUAUUGUUGCAGCCUGAUAUACACAUCACCAAGAAGCUUGCUCUUUUCAAGAAGUUUGUAGAUCUCACAUCUUGUGAUAAGACCAAAUGUUUUGAAGAUACCAUAGUGAUCCUAGUUCGUCUCUUGAACUACACUCAAUGUAAAGAAGACCUAAUACCCUAUAUGCUUGAAUCCGGAAUUCCUAUUACUAAAAACGCAAUGCGCAUCUACGAUUCAAAGGUCUGCACUGACAUAAUAUCCAAGGCUAAUAUAGUUGGUUAA